AUGGACGCGACAAAGCUCAACCCGGCCGCGGCGCCGUUCCCGUGCCCCUACGCCCUCCACCUCGGCCCGCCGGCGCCUCCUCCGUUCCCGCUCGCCGGCGCCUGCCCGCCGCCGUUCCCCUUCGCCACCUACUACUGCGUCGCCUCUCCCCACGGCCACCUCCGCCUCUGCUUCCCCGUCCGGCCGUCUUCCCAGGUCCUCUGCAAGAGUGCCCCCGCGACGGCGCCGCAUGGCCUCCCGCCGCACAAGCUCAUGCUCUCCGGCCCCGGUGGAGCGGAGAAGCUGCAGGCUGCGGUCGUGUCCAUGAAGGGGAUGCAAGAACCUCCAGCCGCCGCCGCGCCUGCCCAGGUGCCGGUGGCGCCGUGCGAGUUGCGGUCGGCGCUGCAGAAGGCAGGGAGGGGCAGGAGCAAGGGCAAGGCGUACCGGAAGGCGGCGGAUCCGCACGCGCGCGUCGCCAAGCCGUCGGCGAGGUUGCCGUCGCCUGCGUUCACGACAAGGCCGUUGCCGCGGUGGAUGUUGCCGGCGCCGAAACUCGGCUCGUGCACCACCGUCAUGGUCCGCAACAUCCCUAACAAGCUCAGGGGCGGCGACAUGAUCAAGCUGCUCGACGAUCACUGCGCACGCAUGAACAAGGCCGCCGGCGCCGUGAUCUCCGCGUACGACGUCGUCUACAUGCCGAUAGAUUUCAGGCGGCACGGCAACUUCGGCUACGCGUUCGUGAACUUCACCACGGCCGAGGCGGUGCGCGGGCUGUACGACUCCCUGCACUGGUGUGGUUGGAAGGUGUGCGGCUCCAAGAAGGUCAUCGAGAUCUUCCCCGCGAAGAUCCAGGGCAAGGAGGCGCUGGUGAGGCACUUCGGCCGGCUCAAGCUGGAGUGCGGCAACGACGAGUUCCUCCCCGCCGUGUUCUCGCCGCCGCGCGACGGCGAGACUGCCACCGUCACCACGCGCCUCGGCAAGCUGGUCGUGCCCCGUCGUCCUCCGCGACAAGUGACGACGCGCAAGGCUAAGCUAGCUUUUGCUAGCUGGUAG